ACAUAUUUUAUUUACUUAAUUUCUAACCGAAAAAUACUAAAUGAUGAAUAUGUGCAGAACUUGCCUUAAAACUCCAGCUGAUAAGCGUAUUCUGGAGCUGGAGAAUGUCAUAAAAGAUGGCAACAAGAACUUUUUCCACAUUAUGCUGUUUUGUUUAGAUAUAGAGGUCAUCGAAGACUCUAAAAUAACAACGAAUUUGUGUAACAAUUGCUACAGAAAAAUCAUAUCGUUUUACAAGUUUAAGGUUCUAUCCUUGAAAAAUGAUGCAUAUUUAAAAUCUCUGGGGCCAGCUGUGCAGUUGGAAGACCAGAAAUUAUCUGUGUAUGUGGACGAAGACGGAAUUAAACACGAGAAUUUCUUAGAUCCUGAUGAUUUUGGCCCCAGUCUUGUAGAAGAAAAUACAGGAAUUAAAAUAGAAAUAGAGAUUGAGGAAGACAAGUCAUUUAGCGAUACAGAAGUACAUGUUAAGAAUGAAGACACAUCGCAUGAUGCGGAGUCAGACAAAGAGCCGUUGAGUGUGGUGCAGAAUGUUAAAUAUGAAAAUGUCAUAAAUGAUUAUAAAGAAAAUGCAGCUGUACACAAAAAACGUAGGCGUCCCAAAGAAGUAAAACUAGCAAAAAAAGGAAAGGUAAAAGAAGAGCGUCAAGUGUGUGAGGAGUGCGGCAAGUCCGUCCGUUUCCUAAAAGAGCAUUCCAUUCUUCACCAGCAAAAGGGUGAGAGGAAGAUGUUUCAGUGUAAGGUCUGCCCGAAGCUGUUCAUUACUGUCUCAGGUCGACAGAAACAUUACCGUAACAUCCAUUUAGGCUUAUCUAAUGUAAGCAAAUCUGUAUGUGAUAUUUGUAAAAAAGAGGUUAAAUAUCUGAAGAGACACAUAAGGCUGAUGCAUAAUCGGGAAAGUUUACCAUAUGUCUGUGCGUCAUGCGACCGCCGUUUCACAUGCCCUUCGUCACUUGAGAAACACAUGGCCCAACAUGUUGGCAUGCCGGAAUUACCAUAUGAGUGUGAUAUAUGCAAAAGGAGGUUCCGUACCAAGAAUCUCGUCUCAAAACAUAUACGGCAAUUCCAUUUAAAUGAAAAGAAUUAUCAAUGUGAAACCUGUUCUAAGACGUUUUUCGAGAAACGACCAUUUAUUAUUCAUAUGGAGACGCACUCUAAGGAGCCGCUAUACAAAUGCAAGGACUGCGGCCUAGCCCUCCAGACAAGGGAAAUGCUGAGGAGGCACCUCUUGCACCAUACUAGUGACAAGCAGUUCGCGUGCGACCUAUGCAGCAAGACAUUCCGACAACUCUCCAACUUGAGGGUCCACAUGGUGACCCACACGAAGGAGAAGCGAUUCGAGUGCCGCUACUGCGGUGCGCGCUUCGGCCACUCGAACCAUCGCAAUCGACACGAGUUCACCGUGCACCAAAAGAAGCUAAAACACAAAUAA